GUGGAUCUCAGCAGAAAAAGGAAGAAAACAUGGAAGAAAUCCAAGUUGCAACUAGCAACUUAUCAGAAGAUCCAUAUAAACAACAGCAACAAGAAAUGCUGUUCAAAGAAAUGGAUGAUGAAGAAUCCUGGCUAACAGCAGGCCACAGAAACAUCAUGGCGUGCCCUAGAAGCAAACCAAGACCAAAAAUGUCAGUUAAUCCAGAAACCAAAAUGGAAGAGAAUAUUUUAAAGUGGAUAUUGACAUCAAUGUUACCCCAGGAUCCAACAACUAUACAAAGAUCCUUUACCUAA